AUGGGUUCAGGGAUUUUAGUGACUAAAAAACCACUUCCAGAAACACCUCAACCUGUUAAUAUUUUACAGUCACCAACAUCACAAUAUGUUCCAAAUACAUUACUACCACUUCAGACAAAUCAAGGUCAACAACCAUACAUAAAUUCACAAUAUCCACCAUUCUCGACAAUACAACAACCACAAUAUCAACCACCAUUCUCGACAAUACAACAGCCACCAUAUUCACAACCAUUUUCGCCAAUACAACAAACACCAUACUCACAACCAUUCUCGUCAAUACAACAAACACCAUACUCACAGCCAUUCCCGCCAAUACAACAAACAUACAACCCUCACAUAUUCAAUCCACCAAUCGAUGACAUAUCUUUAGAAGUUGAACCACUAGAUUUACAAAUACCAAUACCUGGUUACGAACCAAAUCCUCCAAUAAAUGCCGAAAAUGCUGAUGGUUUAAAGAGGGUGCUGUCUCAAUAUGUUACAAAAGUUCCUCAGGAGUUUGAAGAUUAUGGUAUUGAUGUUAUACUUGAAGAAAGUUCACAACCGCCUCCAGAAGAUGCAUUUUGUCACAAUUGUAAAUCCAAGAAAGUCGAUACUGAUCUUGAUGGAUUUCCUGGUGAAUAUUGUAGUGACGAGUGUCGAAAAGCUGCAGUUUCUGAAAGUGCUAUUUGUACUCAAUGUAAUGAAAGCCCACAAGUUUCCAAUUCACAAUUUUGCGGUUGGAAAAGUUGUCGAAACCCCUAUUACAAGGAAACAGAAACAAACCCUUCUUCACUUUGGAGCCCAACAAACUACAUAGAUCAAACACCAAACCAGCAAAGUUUAAUUAAUCCAAGAAGUGACCAAAUAUGUAUAAAUUGUAAAGGGGAAAAUGCAUUAGUAGGAAGUGACUUUUGUUCUGAUGGUUGUGAAGUAAUUAUUAAAACAAUGGUACCAUGUUUGUUGAGAUUAUCAUCAGAUGGUCAAAAAUACAAAGAUAUAACUAAUCAAUUUACAGCUGCUUGGAAACAUCCUCAUAAAGAGGUACCGGAAAUUACUGCUAUAUGGAAAAUCUUUUGUUCAGAAAAUUUAAAUAAUCGGUAUAAUGUAUAUCGUGAUGAAGUUGAAAAUCAUCACAAAUUGGCUGGUAAGGAUUUUCCAAAAGGUGGCGGAAAACGUAAAAUGAGUGCAGGAAAUGAACAAAGAAGAUUUCAUGGAACAAAAACAGUAUGCUAUAUAGGUUUAACAGAUGAUGGUAGCGUAUGUGAAGAUUCAAAAUGUUCUGUUUGUUGUAUUAUAAAAGAAGGUUACAAGUUGAGAUAUGUGGGAACUGGUACAAUAAGUGCAGCAUUUCAAAGAUUUGGCAAAGGUAUAUAUUUCUCUGGAACAUCAUCCAAAUCUGAUGAUUAUAAUAGACAUUCAUUAAAAACUUAUCAAGGCUCAAAUUACAAAGUGAUGAUAUUGAAUAAAGUUGUUGUUGGUCAAGGAUAUCAAUUAACUAAAGAUAAUAUGAAACUAACUGAACCCCCACCAGGUUUUAAUUCAAUAUUAGGUGAACCAAGUAAAACUGGUAACCUAAAUUAUGAUGAAGUUGUUGUAUAUAGAGAAGAAGCAUCUAUUCCUCAAUAUUUAAUCGUUUACAAAGUUAAAAAAUAA